AACUUGGCAUCCUAUGCUUCCGCGUCCGCCCAUAGAUCCCACACAAAUCCGUCCGAGUCCGACUCAUCCCAAAUUCCCCGGCCAUAUCCUUUUCUUCGCCUGAGAUCACCACCUCCUCCUACCAGCAGCGAGAACAACCAGACGGAGGAGGGUUACCCCCUGCUUCUGCUUGCGUUCGCGCACGCAUGGAUCCCACAACCACCACGACAGAUUCCGAGUGCGACUUCAUCAAGAAGAUCCCUAGUUGGAUGAUAAGGAAUUCGCCAAUGCAUUGUAUGGAGGCCGGCCACUUUGGCAAGGAUGCCGCCGCCGCCGCCGCCGCCGCCACCGCGGACGCCAUGGAACAUGCACUCCCCUGCAGCGAUCUUCACCACCUGAGAGUGGGCAAGACGGCAGAGCAGAGCUGCUCGGUGUGCCUCAAGAAUUUCGAGGAGGGCGACUACAUCUGGUCGAUGCCCUGCUCCCACACUUUCCAUCAGCUCUGCAUCUUGGGCGACCGCUCCUGCAGGGUCUGUCACCCGGCUGCUCCCCCAUCCACGGAGGAGAAACCGGAGGCCCCUCGGACUGUUAAUUGAUUGAAUGAAUUCUCGCGGAAUCAGUGCUUGUUUAACUGAUCAAUGUCGUGGCGUGCAACAAAUCUGCAUUUCUCUGAAAAUUGCAACAAACCUGCUACUCUCUGAAUAAUCUGAAUUUUUUGUCUCCAGUUUUCCUGGGAAUCCCUUAUGGAAUAUUUCUUUUUGUCUCCAGUUAUCUGUGAAUCCCUUAUGGAAAUUUGUAACCGGAUGUUUAAAUUCACAUAGUUAUAUAUAUUUACUUCUGCUUUCUUGAUAUUCAGUUCAAUGUCUGUAAUAGCUCUUUGGGUCUUAGUAUAUGUUAGCCUGGUUUUCUUGGGCCAAGCCAAUAAGAGAAACAAAAGGGAUCAACAGAUUUGAGAA